AUGUCUGAUUCUGAGGAUCCCAUCGACAUUGCCGAUGAUGUGGGCGACGACGACCUUUUUGGAGACGGCGAUGAUGUGAUCUCGGAUACUGGGGAUGCCGUGGGCGACCAGACUGCCGCCUCGGACAAAGAAGAUGACGAGCCCGACACGCGUCGGCGCCGCGACAUCGACGACGACGAAGACGAAGACGAGCCACGCGAAUUCCGCGAGAAACUCGUCGCUGAGGUGCCCUUGUACCGCCACCGCACUCCGCGCUCCCGGGAUGGAGGUCUUCACUCGCUCCGCGUCCCCGACUUCAUCAAGUUCAACCCGAUGGAAUACAAGUCCGACAAUUGGCAGCCAAGCCGCUGGGACCUCGAGAACGCCAACACCGGGAACCCGAUCCCAGCCAUCCGGUACCGCCGCGACCCCAAGACCGGCCGCAUGCAGAGCAACGCCAAUAUCCACCGCUGGAGCGACGGUUCCGUGACCCUCUCGGUCGGCGACGAGCACUACGAAAUCCAAUCGAAAGCCUUGGCCCCGCCGCAGAACAAGCCCUACCGCGAGGUGCAAGAUGCGCACUAUUACGCGGCGGCCGCGCACUUGACGACUAACUCUCUCCUGAUUGUCGGCCACCUGACGGAGCAGUACACGGUGCGCCCCAACAAGGAGCUUCAGGACCACGCGCUGGAGCGCCUGGUUGCUGAUCUAGCCGGCGCGAAGAAAGACCGCGGUGCCGACAUGAUCAUCGCUACGACUGUCGACCCGGAACUGCAGAAGCGCCAGGCCGAGCUCGCGGAGAAGGAGCGCGCCAAGCUGCAGCGGCGCCGCGAUACUGCCGCGGCCCGCGCCGAUGGCACCGGCUCCCGAUACAAGGGCGGCGGCGGUGGUGGUGGUGCCUUGUCUGUUGGCGACCUCGAGGGCCGACGUGGCGCAGGCGCAGGCGGCCGCAAGCGCGGUGCGCCCGGUGGUGCUAAGCAGAAGCGUCGACGCCCGGAGUAUGACUCGGACGAUGACCUUCCCAGCGGUGCGCGACGUGUCGACAACUAUGACAUGGACGACGGGUUUCUGGUCAACAGCGAGGACGAAGAGAGCGAAGGAGUGGAGGGUGAUGAUGACGAGGAAGAGCUGCUGGAUGAUGAUGACGAAGAGGACGAGGCACCGCCACGGGCGAAAAGACAACGCACGACCGAGCCGGCCGAUGAGGACGCCGAAGGGGAGGAUGAUGGGCCGACCCACGUUGCCGAGGCAUCUAGACACCGGAGGAGGAGGGUUAUUGAGGAUGACGAUGAAGAGUAG